AUGUCGAUUCUACCGAGGGACGCUCUACCCUCAGUCGCAGGGAUUGAUCAGCAGAUGAUCGAGGAUAUUGUCCUCGACGACAUUGUUAAUCAUGACUACGACCGCACAACAAAAUUGACCUUAUUGGCCGUCAUGAUGCUUGUGCAAGAUGAAAUCUCAGACGAGGAAUAUUACGCACAAGAAGACGACGAAUCGUUUCAAAGGAAAAACCAAGCUGAACUGCGAAAGAUAGGAGAAACAGCAAAGCAGAGGUUCAGGGAAGAAAGAGAGGCAGAGAAGCGAAGAAAGGAGGAGGGGCUUGAAGAGGAAGAAGAGGAGGACGAGGAGGAAGAGGAAGAGGAGGAAGAAGAAUUUGAAGAGGAAUACGACGAUGAAGAGGAAGAGACGGAAGAAUCUGAGGAAGAAGAGGAAUCCGAAACUGAAGAAUCCGAUGAUGGAAGCGAAUGGGAUUCGUUAUUUUUGUUGGUGCACAAUAUGCCCGUCGAAAAUGAGGAGCCGAAAUCGAUCGUCAGGAAGCGAAGCUUACCACGGGAUGAUAGUCCCUGCCCUCCGCCAAGACCACAAGCUGCAAAACGACAGAAAAUCGAUCCUUUAGCCGCGUCAAAAGCUCCCGUGGUCCAGGAUUCCGGAAAAGAUGCACCGACACCCGUCACGAGAAAACGAGGCCUUAUCACAACUCAAGAUGAAACCCCUGCGACCGAAGUCCCAUUGACUAAGCGGCAAAGGUUAGCGCCUUCCGCGAACGAGAAGGAUGAUGCAGACCUGAAGGGGCAGGAAACCAGGUCCUUGGUCCCGUCAGAAUGGUUGGCGCCGCAAGAGGAGUUACAAAAUACCCAGCUCCCUGCAUAUCUCCAAGGUCUACUUGGUCGCCUUCCUAUAAGCGAGCUUCAUCCUGAGGCACAGGAAUUUAUCUUGGGUCUUAAUUACAGCGAUCCAAGUUAUGAGGAUAUGGCCAAGACUGGAAUCGACAUGGGUCUCAGAUUCUCAAAGACGGCCAAAACCAGCGAGUACAAAAUUGUUUUCCAUCAUAUGAUGAGACAUCCCAUACAAGCUGUCAUGUACAAUGCUUGCAGAGCAGACGAGGCUCAGCACCACCUCUUUUGGGAGAAGGUCAGGAACGUUACCGGAAAGGAAAUACCCCCUGAGCGUAUCAAGGAACGUCGUGAAAGGCGUGCCCAGAGAGAGGCUGAGGCUAUGGCGAGGUUCAAAGCUCGCAAAGCAGCAGAGGAGGCCAGGAAGGAAUCACGGAUGCUGAAGGAGAAGUACGUCUCUCAAAUUGGUGAAGCAUCAAAGUUACCUCUUAAGGAAAAGGUGGGCAGGUGGCUGGCUGAGAUUGUUCAGGCUGAAAAGAAAUAA